UUGAUGGAAGCAGGAAAAUGCUCUUCUUUAAACGAAGAAUUACCACUAAUUCAAGUAGGAAAUAUUAUGAAGUACAUGCCUCAGUUUAAGUACAUGUUUAACAGAGACGAUAUGGUGAUGCCUGCACCAGCACACUCUUCUGAAGAUCACCAACCGAAAAAACGACAACGUACUAGCUAGGACUGGCUACAGCCUUACUGGCCUACUUACGAUUACUAUCAUCCGGCAUUUUAAAUAAGCCGAUAAAACACAUUGACUGAGACGUAAUUACAAUGCACGAUCUUAAGAUCUACAAAUCUCAAAGUCAGAAAAAUACAUACUUGGCAUUAUUGCUUUUUGAGCAAUAUGAUCACCUGAAUUUCGUGUUUGAGUACAAGAGAUCUGUGACAUAUAGUCUGAGAGAGCCAUUUCUUUCUCCAAAGCAUAUCUUUAUACUAAUGAGAAACAUAAUGCUUGUAAAUAAAGUCAUACAACAAACAACAAUUGGAGAUGCGCGCGAUUGAUAUUAUUAUAUUGUGUUCUAUGUGAUGUUUUGUUAAAUGUUGCUCUAGCAACGUUUGUUUCGAUUAUCUCAAAAGUUUCGUACUAUUAAAUCGUACUACAAUAAUUUCUGUACUGUAAAAAGGAAAAAGAAAAAAAAUGAUAUAUGACAAGCAUCUCUUUUAACUUGUUCGAGAUGAUAUUUUCUGUAAAUAAAACCUGUCCACAUUCUCUCUUUAAACGUGUCCUUGGAGAAAGAAUGCGCUAAAAUAUAUCUGAGAUGAUAUAAAUAAGUUGUUGAGGUCGUUCUCAAAGGAUGCACCAUAUUCGAUAUCUAAGUGGAUAUCAAAAUGCCUAUUGCAUAUUAGAGUGAAUAUAUAUAUAUAUACACAUACAUAUAUAUAUAUAUAUAUGUAUAUAUAUAUAUAUAUUUAUUUAUAUAUAUUAAAAAAAAAAAGAAAAAUAUACAUUGGCAUUUGUACAUUUGAAAGGUGGAGGUAAUGCUUCUUCAAGUUCCUAGUUGUUACUAAUGUGUAUCCUGAUAAAUAGCUGCAUUAAUGGUUUUUGAAUCCUUUGAUUCAUAUUUUGACAUAAAAAAAAAAUUAACAGAGAACAACCUAUUUUGAAAGUUACAAUUUUUAAUUAGUAAUAUUUCAAAUGUGUGCAUACUCUAAAAACGUCAGAUUAUAAGAGAAUUUUUUUUUUCAUCUUUUAUCAAAUACUUAUAUUUAUUAAAAACAGAACGAUUAUAUGAAACCAGUGAGAAGAAUCCUUGAGAAGAACCGACGUUCAACUUUCUUCUAUUUUAAUGCACCGUACACAGGAUUGCAGUAACAUAGGUUUUAAUAAAGUAUUCAACAUUUAUGAAAUGUUCUUUAUAAUAAAUAAAAAGAAAAAAAAAAAAUGAAAAAAGAACGAAAAACGAGUAAAAACAACAGCAGCGGUAGCGGCAGUGGCAGCAGCUGUCACAACAGCAAUGGCAGCAGCAGCAGUAGCAGGAACAACAACAACAACAACAACAACAGCAGCAGCAGCAGCAGCAACAACAGCAGCAGCAGCAGCAGCAGCUUAGGAUACAUUAGGUCUUUACAAUAUGAUAACAAUCAAUGGACUAUAUGUCAUCAUAAUGUAAAAUUCGUAUGUAAGAUAAUUAACGUUAAUUUAACCAUUCCAAGAAGAAGAAAAGGAGGAAGAAGAAAAAGAAGAAGAAAAAGAAGAUUAUAGAAUAAUAAAAUUCUUUCGAAAUUUUUUUCUCUUCAUUUACAACAUUUCUUAAUGUUAUAAAGCGAACAAAUGUUAUGUAUAUUACAGAAAGAAGAUACAACAUAUAUAUUGCA